AUCUCCCUCCAACCUUUUCCUUCUCUUCUUCGUCUCUGUCUCUCGGACCCCCCCCCCUUCUCCCUAUCUCUCUGAGGCUCAGCUAGCGAGGACGAACACAGCUAUAAUAGCUAGCGUGCUGCUGGCUGCUGCAGCCUCGAACGAACAAGAGCUUCUCGAUCGUGGCAUUGCCAGCCCCGGAGAUGGCGUCUCGGGAGGGAGGAGGAGGCGCGGCGGCGGCGGCGGCGGGGCGGCCGGCGCUGCGGGUGGGGCGGGCGCGGGAGUACCGGACGGGCAUGGACACGGAGCUGCUGUCCGUCGACGGCGGCGGCGCGGCGGCGCCGGUCAACCUCUUCGUGCUCUGCGGUGACCGCUUCGAGGCCGCGCAGCUCUUCCGGUCGGGGCCCCUCUCCCUGCGCAUGCUCCGCGUCGAGGGCCACCCCGUGUCCAUGGCCUCCUGCACCGUCGCCGACCACCAGUGGAUGCUCGCGCGCGACGCGCUCGUGGCGCGGGUCGGCGCGCGCGCCUUCGUCUUCGAGCUCCCCGGCUUCUUCUACGCCGUCGUCGUGCCGCCCGCCGCCGACCGCAAGUGCGCCACCAUGGCCGACAUCUUCUCGCGCUUCUGCUCCUACCACGACCUCACCAGGCCGGACGGUGCGAUCGACGACGACGAAGCUGGCGAGAUCGACCAGAACCCGUGGGCCCGCGCCCACGCCCGGAUACAGCAGCGCAUCAGGAGCCACCACGCCUCGCCGCCCGGAGGACACGCCGCCGCCGACGCGCCGCCUCCCGACCGCGCCAGGCAGAUGGAGCGCGCCGUCCGCACGUCCGCGGUCGUCAAGCUUCUCACCCGCUCCCUCCUCGCCGGGGUGCUCCAGCCCGCCCGCCACCUCACUAUCGCCGUGGGCGGCAAUGCCGGCGCGGCGCUGCCGAGCAAGUCGGUCGUGUCCGACCUCCUCGAUGCCAUCGAGACGAACCGGGCCGCGCCCCGCCGCGACACGCGCCGCGGGCCCGGCGGCGGCCUGGUCGGGUGGUGGAGCCUCAACGUGGAGGGCAUAAUGCUGCUGCUCAGGGUCGUCCAGGCAGUCCGGGGGAGGAAGCAUCUGGCGGCGCCGGCGCCGGCGGCGGGGGAGAAGAGGCCGCGCGAUGAGGGAUCCGGCCGCGACGGCAUGAGGGGCGGGGUCAUUGGCGGCGGCGGCGGCGGCGUUCGGCGGCGGGUCGGCGCGGCGCUGGUGCGGCGGAAGGCCGAGGAAGCUGGGUACCGUUGGCGCCUGCGGGAGCUCUUGACGUCUACGUGUCGGUCGUUCCCGAAGGGGAACCGAGAUUAAUUAGCAAGACAAAUAGUAAUUAGCCAGGUUGGUUUAUUAGGAUAAUUACUUAAUUAGAGACCGGUUUGACUUGUUAAUCUGCUGUCUUUGUUUGCAUCAAUCUAUACCUAUUUCUAAAGCACGGAAGCAAUCAUUCAUA